UGGUUUUCAAGGUUCAUCUCCCAAACACAUGCAUGUUCUCUUAUAGAACGUUCUCCAUCCCAUACAAAACCUUCAUUUAAUGCACCUCCUAUUCUACCAUUACAUAUUCGUGAAAAAUAUCCUCACUCUUCCUCUGUCUCUAACUUGGAGCCAUCUCACCAUGACUUCUCUUUCUCUUGCUAUGCUCCUUUUAAUCCUCUGCGUUUCUGUGCAUGCAUGCACCGCUCGUUCUCUUAGUCUUACCAAAAAAGGCACCCCACAUAAGGAAUUAGACAACGCCAACUCAUUGGAGACUAAUCAAUCGCAGCAACAGAAAGUCGGAAAUGAUGAAAUAAAAACUUGUGAGAGUUGUAGCAGUGUAUCAACGAUUUCGAAAGAAGUGAAUCAAGUGAUCAUAGGGGAAUCUUCAGGCACAUCUUUUCAAACGGAUUCACCAUCCUUUCUUGCUCCUAAGGAUGAGAGGAGGCAUGCGCGGUCAAUGCUGGGACCUGCUCAGCACCACCUUGAAGAAACAGUGAUUACAAACGCCAGUGACACCACAGAGGACAUUGUUGAAAUGGAUUAUGCUCAACCCCAUCGGAAACCACCCAUUCACAAUGAAAAGCACUGAUUGCAUGCAUGCUUUAUUUAAUUAUUUUUCCAACAAUCUUUCGUGCCAUGUAGUUUUGGCCUUUCCAUCAUGUAUGGAAAUGUUGGGUUAUUUACUUUUAAUUAAAACUACAAUUUCACUAUGAUUAUGAUGUGUGCUGAACAUAUAUAUUUUCAUGAUUGUUGGUGUUUGGCAUAAAACGAG